GGAGCUCUUGAAUGUUGCAUAGAGUGUUGCUUAGUGUAAGAUCUUCGGAUUAUUUGUGAGAAAAAGCCGUGUUACUCUAGUGUGAUGGAGGGUACAAGACCAGAUUCACCUGAACCCAGCUGUGUCUCCAUGAAGAGUGAUCGGUCAAUGGAUCCUUCAAUUAACUUUAAAGAUGGAGGAUGUUCCACUGAUCUAAGUCUGAUGGAGGGUACGAGACCAGAUUCAUCUGAACCCGGUUGUGUCUCAAUGAAGAGCGACCAGUCAAUAGAACCUCUGUUUAAAUUUAAAGAUGGAGGAUGUUCUACUGAUCCAAGACAACAAAAGAAGACAUUACAAGUUACUUGCAGAGAUCAGCUGGAAUCUAUAUUCAAGGAACUGGAGCUUAAAGUCAUCAGCAUGAUAAAGAAUGAGCUAAACAAAUUUAAAAAGCUACUGAAUGAUGAUUACCCAGCAUGCUCUGAGCAGGAGGUGAAGGAUGUGGAAAACCUGAGUAGUUUUAGACAGGUGCUAAAGAUCACACUGAAUGUCCUGAAGAUCAUGAACCAGACAGACCUCGCUAACAUCCUGCAAAGGAAACUAUCAGUCUAUAACUAUCAGAAAAAACUCAAAUCCAACCUGGGAGAGAAAUUUAAAAGAAUUAAUGAAGGAAUCUCCCAGCAUGGAAGCUCAGCACUUCUGAAUGAGAUCUACACAGAGCUCUACAUCACAGAGGGUUUGAGUGAAGGUGUCAAUUAUGAACAUGAGGUGAGAAAGAUCGAAGCGGCGUCCAGGAGACCAGCAGCGCAGGAGAUUCCCAUCAAAUGCAACAACCUCUUUAGAGACACAUCUGUCAGAACUGUGCUGACUAAAGGAAUCGCUGGAAUUGGAAAAACAGUCUCAGUGCAGAAGUUCAUUCUGGACUGGGCUGAAGGGAAAGCAAACCAGGAUGUUCUCUUCAUAUUUCCACUUCCUUUAAGAGAGCUGAACUUGAUGAAGCAGGAAAACCUCAGUCUGAUGGAACUUCUUCAUCAAUUUUUCCCAGAAGUGAAAGGUCUGUCAUCAUUACAUUGUGAUGCUUAUAAAGUUUUGUUCAUCUUUGAUGGUCUGGACGAGUGUCGACUUCCUCUGGAUUUUCAGAAGAAUAAGAUUUUGUAUAAUGUAACAGAAUCAGCCUCAGUGGAUGUGCUGCUGACAAACCUCAUCAAGGGGAACCUGCUUUACUCUGCUCUCAUCUGGAUCACCACUCGACCAGGAGCAGCUAAUCAGAUCCCUCCUGAGUGUGUAGGCCAGGUAACAGAGGUACGAGGGUUCAGUAACCCUCAGAAAGAAGAGUACUUCAGGAAGAGGAUCAGUGAUGAGGACCUGGCCAGUAAAAUCAUCAAACACAUGAAGUCAUCAAGAAGCCUCUACAUCAUGUGUCACAUUCCAGUCUUCUGCUGGAUCUCAGCCUCUGUUCUAGAAAGAAUUCUGGGUGAAGCAGAGGGUGGAGAGAUCCCCAAAAGUCUGACUCAAAUGUUCACCUACUUCCUGAUCUUUCAGAUAAAACACAAGGAACAAAAGUAUCAUGGGAAAUCUGACCCUGAUCCACACCAGACCAGAGAGACGAUACUGUCACUGGGAAAACUGGCCUUCCAACAACUGGAGAAAGGAAACCUGAUCUUCUAUGAAGAAGAUCUGACAGAGUGUGGCAUUAAUGUAGGAGAAGCAUCAGUGUACUUAGGAGUCUGCACCCAAAUCUUCAGAGAGGAGUUUGGGCUGCACCUGGGUCAGGUCUUCAGCUUUGUGCACCUGAGUGUCCAGGAGUAUCUGGCUGCUUUAUAUGCAUUUAUCUGCUUCAUCAACAAAAAUACACCAGAAAACCAAACUUUUGAUCUUUUCAACAACUCAAACCUGUCUGAGUUCCUGAAGAGUGCAGUGGACAAGGCCUUACAGAGUAAGAAUGGACACUUGGAUCUUUUCCUCCGCUUCCUCCUAGGUCUCUCACUGGAGUCCAAUCAGACUCUCUUACGAGGCAUACUGCCACAAACAGGAAACCAUUCUUACAACAAAGAGGAAAUACUCAAGUACAUCAAGGAGAAGAUCAGUGAGAAUCCCUCUGCAGAAAAGUCCAUCAAUAUGUUCCACUGUCUGAAUGAAAUGAACGAUGAUUCUCUAGUGCAGGAAGUCCAAAAUUACCUGAACAGAGGAGGUUCCACUUCUAAAGUUGGACACGGUCUCUCUCCUGCUCAGUGGUCAGCUCUGGUGUUUGUGUUGCUGAACUCAGUCCAGGAGCUGGAUGAGUUUAAUUUGAGGAAAUAUUACCCAGCAGAUGAAGGUCUUCUGAAGCUGCUCCCAGUGGUACAAGCUUCUAGAAGAGCUGAGUUGAUAAACUGUAAUUUAGCAGAACGAAGUUGUGAAGGUCUGUCGUCAGUUCUCAGUUCAAACUCCUCCAGUCUGAAACAUCUGAACCUGGAUUGCAAUGACCUGAGGGAUUUAGGAGUGAAGCGGCUCUCUGCUGGACUGCAGCAUCCACACUGUACACUGGAGAAACUAGAGUUGGUUAAUUGUUCUUUAACAAAGGAAAGUUGUGCAGCUCUGUCGUCAGUUCUCAGUUCAAACUCCUCCAGUCUAAAACAUCUGAACCUGGAUUGCAAUGACUUGAGGGAUUUAGGAGUGAAGCUGCUCUCUGCUGGACUGGAGCAUCCACACUGUAAACUGGAGAAACUAGAGUUGUGGAACUGUGAUCUAACAAAGGAAAGUUGUGCAGCUCUGUCCUCAGUUCUCAGUUCAAACUCCUCCCGUCUAAAACAUCUGAACUUGAGUUACAAUGACCUGAGGGAUUCAGGAGUGAAGCGGCUCUCUGCUGGACUGGAGCAUCCACACUGUACACUGGAGAAACUGUGGUUGAUUGGUUGUGAUCUCACAGAGAAAAGUUGUGAAGUUCUGUCCUCAGUUCUCAGUUUAAACUCCUCCAGUCUGAAACAUCUGAACCUGGGUUACAAUAAACUGAAGGAUUCAGGAGUAAGACGGCUCUCUGCUGGACUGAAGAUUCCACACUGUAAACUGGAGAUACUGAGGUUGAACAGCUGCAGUAUUAGAGAUGAAGGUUUUACUGCUCUGGCUUCAGCUCUAAAAUCAAAUCCAUCAUCACUUCUGAGAGAACUGUAUCUGACCCACAAUCAUCCAGGAGAAUCAGGAGUAAAACUGCUCAAAUAUCUACAGGUGGAUCCACAAUGUAACCUUAAAGAGCUACACAUCUGAUUCUAACACACAUUAAAUAAAGAGAAGAAGAAGAUGAAGAGCAGUGGAGAUAAACACCAUCUACUCUUCACACUGGGAUGCUACAUGGUGACGCUUUGUUCAACUUCUUACUGCUUAAAUCUGUAAACAUGCUUACUGUACAGGAAGAUGUGCUUCUCUCAUGACAUCACGUCCUGUACAAGAUCAGCACUCUCAAACCCAUACUGGAAUGCUGAUUGAUAGAGAUGGAACGAUCGAUCGGCUAUGAAUCGGUAUCGGCCGAUUUUUUAUCAAAAUAUGCUAUCGGCGAUCGGCCGAUAUUUCCCAAACGUAGCCGAUCCGAUGGUGUGAUAUAUAAAGAUCACGUUAAGCUUAACCGAUUGAUCCUGACUUUGAACUACUGCUGAACUUUUAGGAUCAUCAAAACCCUUUUGUCUGACUCGGUUACAGAUCUGUGGUAAUAGCGGUUUAAUUAAGAUUUUUAAUGUAAGAGAGUCACACAAAAUGUUCUGUAGUAGCUGGUGUUUAUUUAAAACCACGACAUUUAUUAAUAACAGUAAACACGGAGAGAUAACUGAGAAGAGAAACUUACACUUCACGGAAAAUGAAUCGACUCGUGAAUCACUUUAAGCAAUACAGUGAACAGAUCAUCUCUCUUAAAGACACACACACACACACACACACACACACACACACACACACACACAACACACACACACACACGCGCUGCUCCGGUUUAUCUUCACUGUGAGGCUAUUUUUAAGGUUUUUUCAGACUGAACUGGAUAACAUUAAACCUGUGUGUGUGUGUGUGGUCAGUUAGACUAAUGAAAUAUGUCUUCUGUGGGUAAAAAAAAUAAUUGUUUGAUGUACUUUAUUUACUACUAAAUUUGCAACACCCCCCACCCCCUAUCGGAAUCGGCUAUCGGCCGAUAUCCCUGAAAGGAGAUCGGAGAUUGGAAUCGGUGCCAAAAACCCAGAUCGGUACAUCUCUACUGAUGGACCUUCAUCUCCUCCUUCUAUACAUAAUUAUUGAAGUAAUGAGAUUGGAGAGUCCAUCAGGUUCCCAUCUGUAAUCUGAAAUCACUUUUAUUUAACUGUACAUUCUAACCAGCUAACUGAUUAAACCAAUAAAUCAUGAUAGAUUAAAAUGAUGAGAAACAAAGUGAUGAUUCUUAAUAAUGACGUUAAAUAUAGAUGAUGAUAAUGUAAACAUUUAAUAAAAGGGAGAGUAAGUGUAACAGUUCUGUUAAUGACUAAUCAUAAUUAUAACACUAAUAUAUUAUGAUUGAUAUUUUAAAUAAACAUUGUGCUUUAAUGAAUGAAACUACUGUAUAAUUAUUAUUUGGAAAUAUUUUGUGUGAAGUUUAUAUUCUUCUAUAAAGUAUUUACCUCAAUCUGCAUUUGUCACACUUUUA